AUGGAACAAUUUGCCUCGCCCAGCGGAUCGUCUCCCUUGCCGACUGGUCCGAGCCCAGCAACCAGGCAAAUGCUCAAGCUCGGCCGUCUCGCGAAGAUAGGCGUCCCGGUUGUUGCCGUCGUGGGCCUCGGCUAUGGCAUUUCCACGUUCAUGGAAGCCCAAAAUCACGCUCAACAGCAGAGUUUGCAAGAACAAGAGCGCCUACGAAAAAACGCCAUGUUGAUGGAGGCGUACGGCGACAAGAGCAGCUUGGAGGACAUGCAGAGGGCCAUGGAACACUACCACAAGAACUAA